AUGGCUGAAAGAAAUGAUCGUGCAAUUGCCUAUGCUUUGGAGUUGAUGGGUCAGGCGUUGCAGGGUCAGCAGAAUCAAGAUGGAGAUAUGUUCCGUGGAUUGGGAAAUUUUUUGAGAAACAAUCCUUUGACUUUUAAGGGAAGAUAUGAUCUAGAGAAUGCACAGGUGACAGAGAAGUACUUCCGUGAGGGCAUGGGUAAUAAGAAGGAGAUUGAGUUCCUUGAGCUGAAACAAGGUAAUUCGACAGUUACGGAGUGUGCUGCUAAAAUAUAUGAUGAGGAUAGAAGAGCUCGAUCUCCUCACUAUAAGAGUUUUAGUGGGAAGAAAGGGAAAGACCAGAGUCGUGGGAAAUCUUAUAGUGCUCUAGAUGAAAAAGGGAAGCAUAAGGCUAAUCAGAAGGCUACUGGUGGAAAAGAGCAAAGUGGGGAAGGGACUCCUACUUCUGGCCAUUUUAGUACUCAGUGUGAGAAAUCUAAGAAGGCUCCGUCUGGAGGGAAAAAAUUUGCGUUGUCUUUGACAGAGACUACUGCAUUUGAUAAUUUGAUUGGAGGUACGUUCUUUAUUAAUAGUAUUCCUUUUAAUACUAUUAUUGAUAUGGUUGUUACACAUUUGUUUAUAUCUACUGAGUAUGUGUACGGAUUGAAUUUGGAAGUGUUUUUUAUGAGUGGUAGCAUGGUCAUUCAUACCCCAACUAAUGGUCCAGUGACUACUUCGUUGGAAUGA